ACAUCUCUCAUCGGCUAUUUAUGGUAAUGGCGUUCUUAAAAUUGAUGCAUAAAGCCGACGGUACGAAAGUUGGCAACGUUUUGUUUCGCAACCCGCGUACUGUCAAAAACAAGAAACACUUUCGAAAACCUGGCCAGCAUUCAGAAGAACUGAGGAUUUUUUUUGAGAUAUUUCAACUCGGUGAUAAGUCGAGAGAAUGUUUAAAUGAGGCAUGUUUCAAGUUGGUGUGGGAAAUAGACAACGUCGAUAACAAAGAAAAGAUUGGCUCAGUAUGGAAGAAGAGUUUGCCUCGAACGACGAAGGCUUCGACGAAAACAUUUUAGAGGAAGAGAAUUUUCAAGCGGCUCCAGACCCUUAUAAUUGCACUCUACAAAUAUACGUCAGAGGGGGUGAGGCCAACUCCCUUAAAAGGCUCUUUUCGCCGUUCCUCGAGGGGAUGGACCCUACAUUUCAAUUCAUUUCAAUUGAUGAAAGUAACGAUGGUGAGUCCGCAUUGGACUCUUGGAAAGAUGAAAAUGAUGAUCCCAGCAUUUUACAAUGCCAAGCAAUAAGCAUUGUUCUGUUUCUUUACGAAACGUUUGGUCGUUUAUCAGCCAGUUAUGUCCAGAACAAAUUAAAUUUUCUUCCUUGGAAAUUUCACCAUCGGGUAGAGUUACCAGCCGACGCGAGACCACGAGUUACUGCACUCCAAGACUUUUACCAGACAUUUCCCGGGCUUCCACUUUGGUCCAUUUGCCCGGUGCACUUUGGAAACGAACACUUGCGUUUUCAUAUUUUUACGCGGAACUUUAUACAGAUGAGGUCAUUCUACGAGGUGUUAACUGCGAAGAAAGCCAUCAGUGGUUCGCCUGGAUUUUGUUUCUUUACCCUUUAUUCUCAAAGCGGCUUUGACGUUCAGCUUUCGCUUAAACAUUUGCCGCAAAUAUGCCCAAAACCGUCGAAAUCUGUGCGAUUAAAGUUAAAAAUAAAGGAUAUUGAUACAAUACUACCUCAUCUGGGAGAGCAGCCUCUUCUGCAAAAAGAAGAUGGACGGUGGAUUGUGACUGACCCCGACGGAAACGAACUGAUCCUAGAGGAGACUGACCCGAGUCAUGCCAGAACGAGGACAGGCAGACUACAUUCCAGUACAAGUCUAGAAACCUCAGACUACGACACAGCUUCUAUCGACACGGAGAGUUUAGCGGGGAGCAUGAACCAUUCGCCUCACGGAACUUUGAAUGCAAGUUUUUUGGAGAGUUUUACUUUAUUAUGAGAAUUAAUAUGCAUAAGUGACCGAUCAUUAUUUACCACCUGUGAUUUGGGUUGUGUCACCAUAAGAUUUACCUGAUUCUCCUCCCCCUCUCCCUCCCCCUCCCUUUAGGCUCCGUAGUAUUUUAAUAAUUCCCCUUCAUCGGCAGUCUAUUUUCUUUAGUCCCCUCUUUAUACUCUGUUAGCGACGACUGAUCUCUCCGCCCCCCCCCCCCAAAAAAAAUCCUCCAACCUCCCCGUGAUAGAUAAUGAUUAGUCCCUAACGAGUCAUCUUGACUUAAAGGGAGGGAGGGAGGUAUUUGUAAACCUUCUCCUAGUUGCGAUCUCAUGAUCCUUUUAAUUUUCCUUUUAACUGAUUCUCGAGAGAAUUUGGUGUUAUAUCGACCACACACCCUACAACUGAUGCAUUCUCAUCCUUUUUGGCCAGAAAAAUUGGGAGAAAGAAUCGUAUGUUCAUACCCCUCAGAUGUGAGCUUUUCGGUUUGGCACGAAUAAAAGAUCUUGCCAGCACAAAAAUUAAUGCCAGUAAAAGUAUAAAGACUAAUUCAGAUAUUGCCAAAAUUACCCCACUCCCCGACCGAUUGACCAUCUCCCCCCUUACCCCCUCCCCCGACACAGAAGAACAACACAAAAUUUCUAGUCUUAAGAUCACUUUUGUCUUAGCGGGUAGGAUCUUUAUUCUUAAAUGUGCAUACAAAUAUGAAUCUGAAAGGAUAUAGCGAUGAGGCCCGCCAUAAAUGAAGGGGGUCUAUUCAGUACACAAAAUUUUGACAAAGUGUUUUUUACCUUGUUAGACCAUAUAAUUUUCCACUACUGCUUUUCAACACGAGAAGACACACAGGGCUUGCACUGUAAGUAUCCCGGAGAGCUUCAUACAAUAAUUUUCAGUU